AUGGCGGAGCCCAGGGCAACGAAGGGCCUUGAUCGGCCCCAAGUAGUUGGUGGCGCCAUCAACGUGGGAGGCAUCGACAGUAGGGAAAAUGACACCAUUAGUGUGAAAGGCACCAUCAACGAGAAGGAAGGCAGCGCCCAUGGCGGGUGGCAGCCAACUAGCGACGCCAGUGGAGUGGGCGAGACUUGUAGGGAGGUGAGCAAGCAUAAGCUAGACGGCGCCGAUGGGCAAGAUGACACCGGUAGAGGCUCGGGCACGAUGGGUGACGCUGGUGGAGGCUUAGGAGCGAUGGUCGAUGCCGAUGGAGGCUCAGGCACGCUAGGUAACAUCCAAAAACGUGAGGGUAAGUUCAGUGGCGCCUUUGGGCACUUGGGUAAUGCGGGGAAACAGCCAGGUAGUGACUUAGAAAAACAAAGGUCAGGAGGUGCCAGUGGCGGCCCCGGUGCAUUGGGCGAAGCCAUGGAGACAUUAGGCGUAGGUGAGGGUACGAUAGGCAGCAGCGCCAACUGUAGGAACGGCUCGGGCAGCUGUGUCUCCUGUCUAGGCGAUGGUGGCAACUCUAAUGGGAUCCUGAGACUGGGUGGAUCCCUUCUCGGUAGACCGGGCACUGGGAGAGUGGACCCAUGCAUGGGGGAGACAGACUUGGGCACCAAGACCCCACUUCGAGAGGUAGAUGGACCAGGUUAUAGAGGGGAUCGAGGUACUGCCUUUUGA